AUGUGUGCAUUUGUGGCUGCACAUGCUGGUGUUGGAACGCAUUCACAUAAGACGGAAAAUGUUUGCUUAAAAGCAGUAUGCAAAUCGAAAGGAGACAUUGUUGAAGCAGUUAAGGAACUUGAAAACGACUUUAGGACAAACUGUGGUUUUGGUUCAAACUUGACAUUUGAUGGACAUGUGGAAUGCGAAGCAGCUUUUGCAUCUUCCAAAGAUCAUGUAUUUGGUGCAGUUGGAGUGGUAUCUCGGCUGCGGAAUCCUAUUGAGGUUGCUGCAAUGAUUGCCAAAGAACAGUUGUGCGGCGACAAGAAAUUUGUGCUGCCGACUGUUUUGGUGGGCCGAGGUGCUGAAGACUGGGCUCAAAAGCGUGGGAUUGAACUUUGUGAUCCAAAAUCAUUAGUAUCAAAAAGAUCACAACAACAGUGGCGAGAAGCUCGAGAAAUUGUGAAAAGCUGGGAAAAGGAGACGAUGGAUACUGUAGGCGCUGUAUCGUAUGAAAAUGGUGGUUGUAAUGCGGCAUGUUCAAGUGGUGGAAUGAUACUGAAAACCGAAGGACGAUUAGGCCAUACAAUUCAAAUUGGUGGCGCUAUUUGGGCUGAUCAAAGAGACUCCAAGAGCGUUGCAGUUGCACUUUCUGGCUGUGGUGAAUAUAUCAGUCAAACACUUUUGGCAAAGACUCUUGCUGAAACUUUACUCAGUUGGAACUGUGAUGAAGAUGUGAUUCUGGAUAAAAUCAAACAUGUUUUCAAUGCUUCAUUUUUACAUUCUCCUUGUUUACAAACUCGAAAUAAAAGGCACAUUCUUGCUGGUGGGUUGGUGCUGUUUGUUGACAAAGAAAGUGGAUGCGCAGAACUUGUUUCAUUUCAUAAUACAACGGAAUUGACUUUUGCGUUUUUUGGAAAUGGAACUGGGAUGAAGUAUCGCUCUCGUUCGAAAAUGCACGGCUCAAUAAAGAAGUUUGUAAUUCCUUCUCGAGAUGAUGACUUGUUGGAAGAAAGCGACGAUUUUUACACGAUAAGUGUACGUCCGCAAUUGGACGAGAUCAUAUCAAAAGUGUUUCAAUUUCGUCAUGAUAUAGAUGCCGGCAGGUGGUCGCGAAUCAUCGAUAGAUUCGAUCACUUAUUUUUUACUAUAAAACCGUUUUCCGAGGGUGAACCGUGGCGUCUUCGUGCUCAGCUAAUCUCGGUUUUAAAUACCGGCCUAAAGCUGACAUUGGACAGCAUUGAAGAAUUGUUACCAAUGCUUACAAGUGAGGCAGAAGCCGAGUUAGCACAAGAUCUAUUUACUGAAAGAGAAAUGCACGCACGUGCAUUUUUGAUGUAUGUAUAUUUGUUGUGCCGACUUGCUGUUCUUUUUGAAAAAAAAUCAUCCAAUCGGCAGUCAGAAGCAUCGAACACCAAGAAAGGCCGCAAAACAGUGCCAGAUAAGACAGACGAUCAGUAUAUGAUCCAAUGGACGUACGAUCGAGGCAAUACUUUGAAAUUGUUACGCCGUGCAUUUUCAAUGAAUAGUAUUGAUGCUCAGGGACGACGGCGUAAUACGGCUAUUCGCUUUCUUUGGCAACCGUCUAUAGUGCCGCUGGAACUGUUAAAGAUUUCGAAAGAUCUGGCUUACAAAUUUCUUGAAAAUCCGGAACUCAGUAAGGUUAGCGGACGUGACUGGUUACAGACAAUAUUUGGCUACCUCAAAGUUAUUUGUAUUGACUACAGCGAAGUUGCUAAAGUUGGUGCUAAAUUGGUGAAUUUGAUGAAGCGUCUUGAUUAUUUAUCGCUUUCUUCGUUAACGCAGUCACCUUUUGUUGAUGCAAUCGAAUCUGUUUCUUAUUAUGACGAUAUGGACACUCUGUUCCAGUCAAUGCUUUCAGCACUUAGUCGCUUAUCAAAAAGUGAUUUUGCUCGUAAUGAUGUAUCAGCUCGACCGUUUUCUUUGUUUAUUGUUUCACUAGCCGAGAAGAAGCCGUAUUUGUUGAAUAAACAUAUCGUCAAUAUUGCUCCAUUUCUAUCAGAUGAUGUAUCUCCUGAUUUUUAUCUUCCAGCCACUCUUCGCUGUGCUGUUCUGACUGCUUUUGUCGAAAUCGUUAUGGUUGUAUAUAAGGGAAAUUUACCAGAAGGUAAUUUUCGAAGAUCACGUGAUCGGCUUCUUCUUCAUUUACAGGAUCAUACGGUUGACGUAAAUGCAGUGGUACGUUCUCGUGCGUUGCAACUAUGGACACGUUUAGCUCGUGCCUCACAAAUACCGAUAGUUUUUAUAAGUGGUGGUCUCAUUCGCGAUGCCGGUGGCCGUUUAAUAGACAAGUCAGUGUCGGUUCGGCGGAGUGCUGCUACAUUUCUAAGUGCUAUUUUGGAAUACAAUCCAUUUGGAGCUUCUUUGAAUGCUGAUGAUUUGGCGAAUGCCAUCAGUCGUCUUGAGGCAGAACGAUUUGAGCUGAAGAAUACCAAUCCAGAAAAGGAAGGAAUCAGAAAAGCCUGCGUUGAGUGGGCAUCUAUGAAAGAAAAUUUGAUCCAGUGGAUUACUAAAGCGGUCAAACAAAGAUUAAGCAAACGGAAUGCAGAUGCUAGUGAAGAAGAAAGCGUAGACAGCACUGUUGAUCAAAAUGGAAAUGAAAAUGCUGGAGAUACAGAGAAUAUUUAUGCUGGGGUCAGUGAAACAAAUAGCACCGGUGCGAACACGGUUGACGAGUGCAUCAUUGAUGAUGAUGUCACGCUUGAAGAACUGAUAACUAAAAUUGUGCAUGCUCUUGAAAAUCGUGGAACAUGCCGUGCGGCUGUCGAAGUGCUUGUUCGAGCAGCUCUCGAUGGCAGAUUUCCCACUGUUAAUAGGCUUGUGUUAGCUGAUGAUGAAGAGAUGCUGGAGCUGGAAGAUCGCAUUGGAGACUACCAAAAAACGAUGGAGGAACUAAAUAAUAAAAUCAAACUACAUGAGAAUGCUAUAAUGUUUUCACUGGAAAUUGAGAAUUGCAUGAAACUAGCCUUACGAUCGGUAAUGUAUGGACAAGCUAAUGAAUUGACUGAAAUUAUUCAUUUUAUUGUGGAAGCUAAUAAGUUUGGAAUUCGUGGCUCGGAAAAAAGUGUUCGUGAAUUGUUCAAGGUGGUUUGGAGACGAGACAAUGCGAUUAAAGAAAUUAUCACAAAUGCUGCCCGAGAUCUAUUCAUCUCUGCGAAUAAAGAUCGCGAUGUGAGUGCACGGAAAAGUGCGGAAAAUCUCAUCAAAAUAGUUCUUGGUAUCGGUGAAGAAGAAAGAGUAUCCGUUGAGGAGGUGCUUUGCUUGAUGGCUCGGGAAAACCGCUGGGAUAUUGAUUUGCUUGACGUGCUCUCCGCAGUAGUCUUUGAAACUCAAGGCGCAUCUCGCAUUGCAGCUUUGCGUCUCUUCUCUAUUAUAUGCAGAGCUAAUAAAGAAUUUAUGCGAGAAAGAUUGAAUUUUUUUAUUGAAUUAACGCAACGCGAGGGGUUUUUCGAUAAUGAUGACGGCUCAUUAGCAGCUGAAUUCUUUAAUGCAAUCGCAAUGUUGGGAAGUACACCGAACAUUAAAGACGCUAAUACUCUUUAUGAACCACCGUUCCGUCUCCCUGAAACGCACCGCAUCCUUCAAUGUGUUCACGCUGUAUUAGUGCAGAAUGUGGCAAAUACAUCAUAUAAUUGGUUAAGUAUGAUGCAAAAAGCGGUGAACACAAUAUUUUACGUGGCUGCGAGACCAUCUCUUUGUUGUCGACUUAUUGCCUGUGGAUUAGUGCAUGAAGCAAAACGUUCCCUCGCAUACUUUUUUCUGAAAAAACGAGAAAUUCAACAAAUUGAAACAAUUAACUUUGAAAAUCCUCCGAACAGUGCGGAUGUUGAUGAGUUUGAAGAUCUACUGGCGAUGGGAAAGGAGCGGUUACGAGAGUGUAGUGAAACUGAAGAUGAAGAACUAGUCGGAUCACAAAAUGUUGAUCUUGUUGGUGACGAAAAUCUAUCGAAGAUGAAAAAGGAUGUAUUGGAAUUAUUGGAUAAAGAUAAGGAACAGUCUUUUCUAGCUUGGGAAACAGUGGCAGAACGAGUUUGUGCCUUUGCUGGACAGAUCGCUUUGAAGACAUUAGUCCACACUGAUGUGUCAUUCGUGGCCGAAAUGAAAAGGAAGAAUGAAAUUUUACACACUAUUCGAGCAGCUGUGAAUGAUAUCGAUCAUAAAAAGUUAGAGAGAGCGAAUUGUGUUGAAGAAUUUUCAAUGAACAGAGUGCUUUCAACAUUGGAAGUUGAAUCGGUUGAAAGGCAUGGAUUUUUUGAAGUUAAUGAACAAGAAGAAGGCGAUCGUUUAGGCUUAACGGGAAUAUCCGAAGAAGAGCGCAUUUUGGAGCGUGCACAACGAAUGUGCGAAAAUGCUGUGUCCCGUAAAGGAUCGUUACUGCAUCGUUUAAGUAAAUUUUUAGUCGCAGUUGUAAAGUCUAAGAAAAACACAUGUUCAGAAAGACUUCGUUCGACUGCAAUAUUGGCAUUAUCAAAAUUCAUGCUUCUGAGUAUGAAAACAUGUAUUCGUUUUAUGCCAUUAUUCUUGGAUUAUUUCAAAAAUUCAUCAAGUUCAGAAUGCCGUAGCAAUUUGAUGAUUGCAAUUGGUGACUUAUGUUUUCGUUUUCCAAAUGUGAUCGAAAAAUAUAGUGAACAUCUCUAUCAUGGAAUAAAUGAUAAAGACGAUUAUGUGCGACAGACUUCCAUUAUUGUACUCUCUUAUCUUAUAUUGAACGAUAUGGUAAAAGUACGUGGAACAGUUGCCGAUCUGGCGCAAUGUGUUAAUGAUGAAAAUGUUAACGUCGGACAACUUGCAAAAUUUUUCUUUUCGGAACUUGCGAAGAAGGGAAAUGUUCUGUAUAAUUUGAUGCCUGAUAUGAUCUCACGUCUUUCAUCUAGCGAAUCAAUAACUAUCGAUGAUUUUAUGAAAAUAAUGAAAUUGUUGCUGGCAUUUAUCAAGAAGGAUAAGCAAGCUGAUAGUCUACUUGAAAAAUUAAUACAGCGUAUGCAAGGAGUCAUUAACAAAGAUGGGUUAUUUGACACACGGUUGGCAGAGUGUUUAUCAUAUUGUAUUUCAUGCCUUCCAUUAAGUGAAAAAUCCUUUCGUUUUAUGGCUGAAUCGUUACCAACUUAUUCAAAUUUGUUGGCUUUAGAAUGUGUUUUUACGAAUUUACAGUCGGCUGUUCUUCAUUUUAAAAAGUAUUCCGUACGGAACACAGAGCUUAAGGGAGAAGUGGAUGAUUUUUUGGAGUCACUGACUAAUAUGCACCAUGAUAAACAAGAACAUGAGGGCAUCGUUAAUCGAGGAUUGAUUCAUAGAAAGAAGUGCAAGCCACCACAGAAGGUGAAGAAAGCUCGUUAA